CCGGGAAGAUGGCUGCGCCCUCUUACAUGUGGUAGCCGCCGGCCCAAAAUAGGGCCGGUUGCCCAGGAGGGAAGAGGCUAUGAAGCGCAAGACCGGCCCGGGCCGCCAUGGCGGCGCGAUGAAACGAUUGCGGCUGGCAGUGGAGGAGUUCGUGCACUCGGCCGCCGGGGACAAGAGCCCCGGCGGCGGGGAGGACUCUGGCCACACCGAGCGGCCGCAGACCGCCCCGCGCCUCGGUGGAAAGAAGCGCCGCAAGGAGCUGAAGAAGGAGAAGCGACACCUGAGGAAAGCCCGUCGGCUACAGCGGACCGGGGGGCCGGUCAGGUCUCCGGGAGCAGCCCAGGAGCGGUCGGGGGAGAACAAGAAGCCGGCAGGCACGGCUCCGGCCUCGGCCCCUGGGAAGCCGCCGCCGCCGCCACAGCAGCAACAGAAGCAGAGACCACCGCAGCCGAAGUCCUCGCUGCCCCCGGACGGCCUCCAACGCAGGCCCACUAAGGCCCAGGCCCGGGGACCCGGCGCCGCCGCCAUCGCUGCUCGGAAACGGGCGCUUUUGGCGGCCAACGAGGAAGAGGAUCGCGAGAUCCGUAAGCUGGAGCGCCGUCUGGGCCUGAGUAAGCGCCGCCAAAAGAAGAAGGGCGAUGGCGACGGCGGCUCGACCACAGCUACGCUGCCCUCCAGCUUCGCCCGAGACGGCCUGGACUACAUCCUUGGAGCGCUGGAAGCGGGCGGCGGCUCCGCCCUUUACGAGGAAGGGGACGAUGAGGAGGAAAGGGAGUCACCGCAGUCCCGAGGGAGCAUCCUGGACGUGGACGCGGGAGAAGACUGGAGCAGUGACGAGGACGAAGAGGAGGAUGUUCUGGAAGAGGAUCUCCAAGAAGAGAAGGAGAAGGAGGAGGACGCAGACCUGCAGGUAGAGGCCAAAAAGGAAAAAAAGAAGGAAAGGAAGAGAGUGCGUUUUGCAGAUGAGAAAAGUGGAGAUUCCUCCUCUGAAGAUGAAAAAACCACCAAUGAGGUGCAUUGUAAAAGUACAAAGUAUAUUCCACCUCAUGUGAGAAGAUCUGAGGAAGCAGUGGAUGCCAAAAAGAAGGAAGAACUAGAAAGGUUAAAGAAAAAUGUGAAAGGUCUAAUUAACAGGUUGAGUGAACCCAAUAUGGCUUCUAUAAGUGGGCAACUGGAAGAGUUGUAUAUGGCAAACAGUAGAAAAGAUAUGAAUGAUACUUUGACAGACAUUCUUAUGAAUGCUUGUGUAACUGAAGCUGUGAUGCCUGCCAGACUGAUGAUGGAGCAUGUCCUUUUGGUUAGCAUUCUUCACCACACAGUAGGAAUUGAGGUUGGUGCUCACUUUUUGGAAGCUGUGGUGAAGAAAUUUGAUGAAUUACAUAAAACUGGUAGUGAGGGGAAAGAAUGUGACAACCUCUUUGCCAUAAUCGCCCAUCUAUAUAACUUUCACGUGGUACAAUCUCUACUCAUCUUUGACAUUCUCAAAAAGCUUAUUGGAACUUUCACAGAAAAGGACAUUGAACUUAUUCUACUCAUGCUGAAAAAUGUUGGGUUUUCCUUGAGAAAAGAUGAUGCUUUAUCUUUGAAGGAACUGAUCAGUGAAGCCCAGACCAAAGCCAGUGGAGUAGACAAGAAGUUCCAAGAUCAGACUAGGAUUCGAUUCAUGCUUGAGACCAUGUUGGCACUCAAAAAUAAUGAUAUGCGCAAGAUUCCAGGCUAUGACCCUGAACCUGUGGAGAAACUAAGAAAACUACAGAGAACUUUGAUUCGAAACAGUGGUUUUGGUAAAGAAACGCAACUUCGGGUCUCUUGGGAAAGCCUUUUGAAUGCAGAGCAGAUUGGACGAUGGUGGAUUGUAGGAUCGUCCUGGAGUGGAGCUCCAAUGAUUGACAGCAACAGUAACAGCCAGCAGAAACAACAUACAGGGAAGGUUAGUUCAAAGAUACUAGAGCUUGCCCGAAAGCAGAGAAUGAACACUGACAUCAGAAGAAAUAUUUUUUGUACAUUAAUGAUUAGUGAAGAUUUUUUGGAUGCAUUUGAAAAGCUUCUAAAGCUUGGACUGAAGGAUCAGCAAGAAAGAGAGAUAGUUCAUGUUCUUAUAGAUUGUUGCCUACAAGAGAAAACAUAUAAUCCUUUUUAUGCAUAUUUGGCUAGCAAAUUUUGUGAAUACGAAAGGAGAUUUCAAAUGACAUUCCAGUUCAGCAUAUGGGACAAAUUUCGGGAUUUAGAAAAUUUAUCAGCUACGACGUUUUCUAAUUUUGUACAAUUGGUGGCCCAUUUACUGAAGAAAAAAUCACUUUCACUUUCCAUCUUUAAGGUAAUUGAAUUCAGUGAACUGAACAAACCCAAAGUGCACUUUUUACGGAAAAUAUUAUAUAUGCUAUUAAUGGAAACAGAAAUUGAAGAACUUACUAUAAUUUUUGGCAGAGUAUCUGACAACCCAAAGCUUGGAAUGUUGCGGGAAGGUUUGAAGCUUUUUAUUAGCCACUUCUUACUGAGGAAUGCACAGGCCCAGCAAAGUGCUGAAGAAGCCAAUGCCCUUAGAGAAAGAGCUGAUCUUGCAACAAAAUCUUUGCAAGGAAAACCAUCCUUAAAAAUGUAGUGUUGGGGGAAACAGCUACAUGAUCAGAAUGAGUUUAUAAAACCAGAGAAUCUGUGGGCUUAAAGAGCCAAUUUUUCUAGGUAUGAGAACUCUUGGGUGAAAAUUUGAAAGAAUAUUUUUAUAUAUCCUUAUUGUUUGUAUAUAAAGUAUAUUGGGUAUAAUUUAUACAGUUUUUAUAUAGAAAAUAGUUUUCUAUUGCUGGAUGUAAAGGGACCUUGAAACAAAUUAAGAGUAUACCACUAGAUGGUGCAAUAAUCAUGAGAAAAUUCGA